AGUUAUUCUGGGAAAGCAGCACAGCAGCCGAGCAAAGCGCUUGUUCAAAGCAAGACCUUCUUCCAUGUCCGAUCAGCGCCUGCUUCCUGAAAUGAGCAAGACUUUUGUUGGGGUGCACGAGCUGAUGCAGGACUAGAUCGUUCGUUUGCGCAACGUCGCACCAGGACUCCGGGGUGGUCGGAGCGAGGGGUAUUUCUGGUCCCCUGCGGUGUCCUGUGUGCUCAGAUUCGAUAUUGAUAAGAAGCAUGGGACCGGUUUUGGCGGAAGGGGAGGUCAAUCCACGGCCUGCUCCAGUAGUGGACUAUAAGGCUGCGGCUGCUCGAGGUGAUCGGGUACCCCGUAUGGUGAAAGCUUUGGAGUCAAAGCUGAAGGCAUCAGAUCCGAGCUCAGAGUUUGUCAAUGGAGUCAAGCAUAAGGGAGAAAAGGCACAAGCAGAAAACAAGGUGGUGCACACAAACGGGACGGCGCGUGAUGAAAAUGGGAGCUUGGACCAAUCGAAGCAGAACAAACCUCCCAGCGAACCGGUUGCUGAUGUGAAGACUGAUGUGAAGAGGACCGCGGUAGUGCCAGAGCCUCAGGCACAGGAUGGUUGGGAGCCUGCCGAAGCCCCGGGCAGCCAUAAGCAGGAAGCGCCAAGUGGCCAUAGGCAAGAGAGCGCAGCCAAGGGCAAAGUUACUGAAAUUGGCAAAAAGGAUGCAGAGAAGAAACCCCCAAUUCUCCCAGCGCCUCCUCGCGCUGCUCCUCAGCCAGCCCUGGUAGAAGCUGCAUCAACCUUGAGCAGGCCUGUGGUUGCUUCAGCUGCAAAGGAAAAGACAGAUAAGCAGACAGCGGAUGAGCCACGGGAGGAAGGGGCUGCUCCGGAUGUUGCAGCUGCUUCUACGGAUCAGGUGCAGCAGGAGGAGAAGCCGACCCGCACAUUCUGCCUCGUCAGAAUUCCUCGGCCAGAUGGCUCCAUCGGGGGUGCCGCCAUCCGAGAAGCAGAAAACAGGAUGAAAGACAAGCGGGAGAAGCAGGAGUUCCUUACUGUAGCCGUCCGCUUGAGACAGAUCAGCAGGAACGAAGCCAACGGCAAGGUCAAAGAAGCGCUGGAGACGCUGAAGGCUGUCCGGGCAGAGAUAAAGAGCAGGGUUGACCUGGUCAAGCCCAUGUGGGAAACCCAGCGGAAGCUGCAGGAAGCGGGCAAGUUGGCAAACUCGAAGCGGAGGGAUCUCCCAUGUGCCACUGAAGCGGAGCUUGAUCAGAAGAUCCAGCAAUUGGAGUACACGCGGCAGCAUGAGAGUCAAUCAUUGACCGAGGAGAAGCGGAUCCUGCGUGAAAUUCGGCAGCUGGAGAGCUCAAGGGAGCAGGUCAAGGCCAAUUCGGCACUGCUUUCGCAGUAUUCGAGCUCAGGCGCUGAACGAGAGUCCAUCAGCACCCAGCUGAAACCCUUGCAAGAGGAACUUGAGACGCUGCGCGCUGAGGAGAGUGAGGCCAAGAAAGCUCUUGAUCUCGUGGAUGCGGAGCAGAAGGAGCUGAACAAGGGGGUGGAGGAGCUCCUAGCGCAGAGGGAGGAGGCCCGGGAAGAGCACCGAGCUGCGUACGAGGAGCUGAAGAAGCUGCGACAGCAAGCUGCACAAAGGGAUCAUGACUACUAUCAAAACCGGCGAGACAUCCAAAAAUUUAAGCAGCUGGCUGCGCAAAGGGACAUCCCGGCACUGGAGGAGUUUGCACAUACUCAGGUGGAGGGGAUCAUGGCGCGUUUCAGCACCGACGCAGCCUACCGGGCGACGUACGUGAAGAACAACGAGAUCAGCACUCUGCGCCGCUUUGGCAGCCUGGACACGCGGUCCCCCGGGGUGGACGAGGACCCCGCGCCCCUCAGCCCCACUGCCGAGAGGGGCGCAGGCAAGGCGAGCCUCAAGGAGAAAGACGAUACCCCCGCCAAGGCCAAGAGCGCCUUGGCUCCAGCAAAAGGGGCAGAGACUUUGAGCUCAAAAGCAGAGGUGAAGGCGAAAGCACCGGCGGAGGCUAAGCCCAGGGCGGCGGACGCCAAGCCCAAGGUGGCAGCUGAGGCGAAGCCAAAGGCGGCAGCGCCGCCUGCACAGGAGGCGGUGGUUAAGAGCAGCAAGGCUGCGGCUGUGGAGCCGGUGAGGGCGCCCCCGGUAGAUAAGGAGGCCGCGGCGGCGGCAGAAGCGGCGGCCAAGGAGAAGCGGCGGGAGGAAGAGGUGAGGAAGGCGAAGGAAGCGGAGGAGCGGAAGAGGAAGGCGGCAGAGAAGAAGGCGGCCAAGGCGGAGCAGCGCCGCAAGAGGGAGGCGGAGGAGGCCACCAAGAAGAAGGACAAGAAGAAGCAGACAGCAACCCCGCCCUCCGAGGCUGCCGACAGCGACGCGAUCGCGGCCGCAGUCCCCGAGCCGGACUCGGCUGCCCCCUCCACUGGCGCCCUCGAUGCAAAGCCGACCGCAGCGGUUGAGGAGGGUGCCCGUCGCAGGAAGCAGCCCGCAGUGGAGAAGAAGAAGCUGAAGAAGGUCCUAGGCAGGAACAAGAAGUUCAGCCUGCAGUCGUGGCUGGAGGCCAACGUCACAACUGUUGCGAUCGUGGCGCUCAUAGUCUCGGUGCUCAUUGCUGCGUACUUCUAUGUGAAGAGCACGGGCGGUACUUCGAGUAAGGUCUAGACGAGAGGUCAAUAGUACUUACAGAGCGAUUUUGCUCGAAGAACCGCAUCUUUUUGCGGUAAAUGGUGUUAGAUGCAAGCAUGACAAACAGAAAACGAGAGUCGUCACUCGAUUUGCGGGUCGAAAGGGUACGGAUACUUACAUGGUGGAAGUUUUGUAGCUUUGCGCAGUGGUACAGGACGUAUACCUGAUGUUACGGGAUGGGAAGCAGUCUAACAGAGGAGAUUGGCUGUUCACCCCUCCUUGGUAUCUUCGUUAAGCUCGGCGUCAGACCGGAGGACAGCUUCACAAAGAUAGUGGAGGAGAGACAAAACAAGAUGAGCGACUUGAACAAGCAGCGGUUAGCUUAUCGCUUGCACUUGACUUGACAUUGGACAGAUGCGAGGUUGGUUAUGAGUAGAUGAUUACCUACACAUAAAACUGCCAGCUUGUCCUUUCUAUGCAGCGAGCGAUCUUUAUACGGAGUAUCCAACCAUGCAG